AUGUUCAUGAGUGAUAUUGAUAAAGCUGAGAUUCCCUCCUUGACCCCUUAUCUUCUCAUAAUCCUCCUACAGGACUUCAUUGACUUAACCAGAGAAGCCAGACCGAGGGCCAAGGAGCGCAGUGGGCUCUGUGUGAUUGACCUGACGAGAACUGAGGAAGAAAACAGACCUAUCGCCACCCUUGACUUGACUAUAGAACCUGUCGCUCCCUCCCAGAAGGAGCCAGCCAGUCUUCAGACAAGUGCAAGCCUCUCCAGCAAAGAGGUGACAGAGAGAUGGGUGGACAGAAAUGCUCGGCCUGCGGCCCGGAGAAUCAUUAACAGCGAUCCUGUGGACCUGGAACUUUUGGAAGAAACUGUAUUCGAAGGUCCCCAACCCCCUCCGUCCAUCCAUGAGGACUCUGUUUAUCCAGCAGAGCCAAACUGUAGCUCAACCACAUUCAAAGGUGACCUCGGCUUCUUGGCCAGCCUACAGCUAUCAUCAGAUGUUCAUUCCCUCUCCCCAGAAAGCAAUAAUGGUAGCAGCAGCAAUCAAAGGGCACCCUUGCCAUGCCCACAGCAAGAUGUGCCUUGUCCACCACAAGCCUUGCCAUGCCCACUGCGAGCCCUGCCAUGCCCACCGCGAGCCUCGCCGAGUCCACCGCGAGCUUCCUCAUGCCCACCGCGAGCCUUGUCAUGCCCAUCACAAACUGUGCAGUGCCACCUGCAAGCUUUGCCUCGCCUGCCUCAAGAAGCACCAUGUCCUCAAGAUGUGCCGGGCCCUCGGAAUGUGCCACGCCCACCUCAAGACUCAUCACAGCAACCUCAACACUUACCAAGCCCACCUCAACACUCACCAAACCCACCUCAACACUCACCAAACCCACCUCAACACUCACUCUGCCCAACUCAGCACUCACUCUGCCCACCUCAGGACUCUCUGGGCUUACCUCAAGGUGUCCCAGGCCCACCUCAAAACAUAUCAUAUCCACAAGAUGUGGCACACCUGCAAGACAUGCCACGAUCACCAGGUGACAUGUCACAGCCACCAGAAAACAUGCAACACUCAUCGGGAGACGUGCCACAGUCACCAAGAGAUAUGCCACAUCCACCUAGAGAAGUCUCACACUUACCGGGAGAUGUGCUGCGUUCAGGUGGAGACAUGCCGCCCUUACCUGGACACUCGCCUCACUUACCGCGCGACAGGCCUGACUCUCCCCAAAAUGACAUACGGAAUGGCGACAUUCCUAUGGACAUCUCCGCUCCACCCUCUCCAAGCUGCUCGCCUAGCCCAGAGUCCCCGCGGUCUGAAACUUCCUUAGAGAAAGUUCCCUGGCUCUCUGCCACAGCACCUCCGGCCAGAAAAGAGAUUUCCCCAUCAGAGCCUGCCAACCCCGGGCCUGCCCAGGUACAAGCACGAACGCCAGAAGGUGGGUUGUACAGCAGACCAUGCCUGCAUAGGCUGAAGUACUUCUUACGACCUCCAGUGCAUCACCUCUUCUUCCAGACACUAGUACCCGAUAAAGACCUAAGAGAGAGUAAAGGUCAAAAAUUAGAACCCAUCCCUCAUCGAAGGCUAAGAAUGGUAACAAACACCAUUGAAGAAAAUUUUCCCCUGGGGACUGUGCAGUUUUUGAUGGACUUUGUGUCACCCCAGCAUUACCCACCCAGAGAAAUCGUGUCUCACAUCAUCCAGAAAAUUCUGCUCAGUGACUCUGAGACCGUGGAUGUCCUGAAGGACGCCUACAUGCUGCUCAUGAAAAUUCAACAGCUUCAUCCAGCUAAUGCCAAGACAGUGGAGUGGGACUGGAAGCUGCUCACUUACGUCAUGGAGGAAGAGGGCCAGAACCUGCCCGGGCGACUCCUAUUUCUGCGUUACGUCGUGCAGACCCUGGAAGAUGACUUCCAGCAGAUCCUGAGGAAGCAGCGGCAGCACCUGCAGCAAUCCAUUGCAAGCACCGUGCUGUCCUGUGACAAGCAGCCCCACAACGUCAGGGACGUCAUCAAGUGGCUGGUGAAAGUGGUAACGGAGGACGGAUUGACUCAGCCGCCGAAUGGGAGUCAGACCUCUUCAGGGGCCGGAAUCCUGAAGGCCAGCAGUAGCGCCCAUCCUCUCCAACCGGACCUGGCAAAGAACGCCGCCCAGCUGAUUGUGUGCCAGCUGCAGAGGAUGCUGUCCAUAGCCGUGGAGGUGGACAGGACCCCCACCUGCAGCUCCAAUAAAAUCGCCGAGAUGAUGUUUGGGUUUGUGCUGGACAUUCCUGAGAGGAGUCAGAGGGAGAUGUUCUUCACUACCAUGGAGAGCCACCUUCUGCGCUGCAAAGUGCUGGAGAUCAUCUUCCUCCACAGCUGCGAGACGCCCACCCGCCUGCCCUUGUCUCUGGCCCAGGCCCUGUAUUUUCUGAAUAAUUCCACGUCACUGCUCAAGUGUCAGUCGGAUAAAACGCAGUGGCAGACGUGGGAUGAGCUCGUCGAGCACCUGCAGUUUCUGUUAUCCAGUUAUCAGCAUGUCUUAAGAGAGCACUUACGGAGCUCCGUGAUCGAUCGAAAAGACUUAAUAAUCAAAAGGAUUAAGCCCAAACCCCAGCAAGGCGACGACAUCACGGUGCUAGACGUGGAGCAGCAGAUAGAGGCCUUCCGCGGCCGCCUGGUCCAGAUGCUGGGGGAGCCCCUCGUCCCCCAGCUCCAAGACAAGGUGCACUUGCUGAAGCUCCUGCUCUUCUAUGCCGCGGACUUGAACCCCGACGCAGAGCCCUCCCCCCAGGACCUGAAGCAGCCCCUGAGGUCCUUCUACGCCCUCAACGCCAAGAAUACCUCCUGAACUCCGCCUGCAACUACUUGGAAGUUUUAAAAGUAAAAAAAAGUAGAAAUUUUAUAGGACCAAACCUGUCUUAUUUAUCUGUAGGUUAUAACAACUUUCUCUUUAGUAAAUAUCUCUUUUUUUAUAAUCCUGUUCUAGCCUAUUCUCAAAUAUGGCUUAAGUAUAUACGAGGUGUAUAUAUUUUUUAAUAAAUUAUUUAUCUAUA